AUGAAAUCAACUCAGGAGCGCAACCAGGAAUGCCUGCCUCCAAAGAAGAGGGACAUCCCAAUUAGUAACAGCAGUGGAGCCGGAGGGACAGCAGGAAGUGGAGCUGCUGGAUGUGGCGUUGGAGAUGAUGAAGUAGUUUCUGUUCAGAACUCUACAGCUAGCAGUGACACUCAUGGAGGGAACCCCUCUGGAGAGUGGCUGCGAUCUCAGCAGGGGAUUCAUUAUGGGGUGGAUAAUUCUGACAGCAUAUCAGCGGUGCCCGUCGACCAGUACAGCAUGCUUUAUAAAGUGGCUGUUCCAUCUGUUACCUACUCACCUACCAGUCUUCAGCCAGUGUUAAGCCACAUCCCACAGGCUUAUACUGUACACUCUCCCCUCCUGCAGCAUCCAGGCCUUCCCUAUCCUCCUCUUGGUUAUGCACAGAUCCCUCAUUCGUCUCUUCAGUUUGUUGGCUCCCCUUAUGCCGCUGUACCCUACGCUCUAUCCCCUGGGUUUGUCCCAGGAUCAUUGAUCUCCCCUUCAGGUACCAUCCCUCAGCCUCAUGCUGUGUCCCACCUAGUUCCCUAUCCAUCAGUAAUGCAGGAAGGAGUUGUAUCCCCACCUCCUCAGGCUCAGGUAGCUGCUCAUACCUUUGCCAAAGUCGCAGCCUCAGGGGGCGUCCCGCUGAUGCUGUCCUCAGAGCAAGCUGCCCAGCAGCACCUCGGUACUGUUGGAGUUCUACCUGCCGCAGAGCUCAGCUCCCGAGGGAUGCCAGUCUUCUACCACCCUCAGGGCAGUAGGGCUGCCUCUGCCACCAGAGAUUGCCAUAGUUCCCAGCAGGAGAAUGAAGCAGAAAUGAAUGGAGGGGAUAAAGAGCAUGGGAGCAGGGAGGUCGUGCCAGACUCUGCCUACACUGCCAGAAAUGCACAUCUGUCCCAGGUAGCAUCCAGCUCCGCCUCACAGGAACACAGCCAAGAGCGGAUCUUGCAGAACCGAAGGCUGGAAGGCAGAAACUCACCCGGUCAGCGCAGCUCUCCAGACAGUGAUCUGGAGGUGCAGCAAGUCGUUGGUCGUUUGGUUUCCCCAAGCCAAGGUGUCGGUGGCGUACGGAAAGAAGUCUCAUUUGCUCCGCUGAAUCUCUCUCAGGGUGGCCACAGAGCCAGAGGCUUCCACGGAGAGAGAGCAGGUGCAGUGUCUGACAGGACUGCGUACUCGGCCCAGCCAUCAAGUUACAGCGAUCACAAAGGGACGGGUCUGCAGCAGCAAACUGGGCAGCCGGGCCACGCCGUCAUGCUGGCCAAUGGGCAGCCAGUUCUUAUUCCCAUCGAGUAUCACCCGCAGCCUCAGCCGCCGCAGCAACAACACUACCCGGGACAGGCCAACAGCACUUCAGCCAGCCAUGCCUCUGCCACCACAGCCUCAUCUAACGCAAGCUUUAAAGCCUCCGAUUCGUCAGCCAGAGUGUGCCUCCCCGUGAGGGCGGAGCCGACCCCAGCCCAGCCGCAGCUCCCCCUGCAGCCCGCCGCAGACGUGACUCAGGCCUUAGCCUCAAGCCUCACGCCCGCCCCGGCUUCUGGUAACCCAUCGCACUUCAUGAAGGGGGCCAUUAUUCAGCUGGCCACUGGGGAGCUCAAACGUGUGGAGGACCUGCAAACUCAGGAUUUUGUGCGAAGUGCAGAGGUGAGUGGGGGGCUCAAGAUCGACUCCAGCCUGGUGAUGGACAUCCGCGCCAGUCAUCAAAGACCGGGACUGGUAGCCCUUCAUUUCACGUCACGGGCUCUCAGGAUGGAUCGCCUCAACAGAGAAAGACAGAGAGACGGAGAGAAAGACGGGGCCGAUAAGGAGGAACCCGCACAUUUGGGUGUCGUCGGACAAAACGAAUCGCCUAUCAGACCAAGUAGGACCUCGUCAGAGCACCCAAGGAGUCAGAGCAGUUACCACUUGCACACAGAGGGUUCUGCUUUCGCCGACGCCAGCAUCGGAGCGAUGCAAGCAGCACUAGGUGCCUCUCAGAGGCGCUGGUCCUCACCUGGCCUCCAAAGAUACAGUAUGAAAGGAGAUGAAGGGCCACGCCCCCAGAUUAUCACCUCCAGCCACUCAAGGCCUUCUUUUAUCCCCCAGGAGACUACAAACGCGUGUAGCAGAACAGUGGAGCUGCCCACUCUGGUGUGUCCGCCACGCUCCCGGGUGGAGUUGCCCACAUCAGCGGCUGAAGGGCAGCCUGCGUUCCACCGGCAGCUGACCCCAGGGGUGGUCAGAGGUCCUCCCUUCACUCGUUCCCUCUCCGUACGCCGGUCUGCAGCGACUGGGACCCUCUCUCAGGCCGAGUGCGGCCUUCCUCGCUCGUCUUACAAUCAGAUGAUAAGUCAAUCACUUUGUUUCAGCAAUCAGCCUCCUCUUCCCUGGCUCAGGCCGGAGGGCCGCAAUGCAUGCACUAAAGAAAAAACCGGCAGAAAUCGACUCGAUGCCUUCUACUCAGCAAAACCGUGCAUUCCAGCCACACCAGUGAGAACAUCAUUUAGAGUUGAGAUAUUUCCACACAGAGAAGUGGUACCUGCAGAGUUCUCACCAAAGCCUCCAGUGGGACACAGCUCCACGGCUGACCGCCUGGACCCGCUAGCCUGUGGGGGUGAGGUCAGUGGUGUCCCUUAA